AAAAGCGGGCGUGACUUACAAAACGAACACGCAACUUCACCGAAACUAACCCGGACGUGUUCCCCGUCAAAAAACCGGAUUUAAUAUUCGGUGAUAAGUCCGGUCACUUUUUGUAAAUUUUUGUGGGAGGAUUGGUUUAUUCCGGUGGUCUCUUUCCUUGGUCAAAAAGGGGCCAAAAAAAACAAAGAUAAGUCGGCGUCUUCCAUACACCAAACCCUGUUUCCGGUAUUUCUCUUCCAUUCAUCAAAUUUUCCUUUUCUCUUUUCCUUUCCCUUUUUGUUUGUAUCCGGGAAACUCAUUGUAAACUGAACAUGGAUUUGGUGGCCAGUUGCAAGGAUAAAUUGGCGUAUUUUCGAAUAAAAGAACUCAAGGAUGUUCUCACUCAAUUGGGCCUUUCAAAGCAGGGGAGGAAGCAGGACCUUGUUGAGAGGAUAUUAUUUGCUCUCUCUGAUGAACAAGUUGCAAGGAUGUGGGCAAAGAGGACUCCUGUGGGAAAGGAAGAUGUGGCGAAACUUGUCGAUGACAUAUACAGGAAGAUGCAGGUUUCUGGAGCCACUGAAGUGGCAUCAAAGGGACAGGGUGUGUCAGACAGCAGUAAUGUUCAAGUUAAAGCGGAAAUAGAUGAUUCCUUUCAAUCAGAUACGAAAGUUCGUUGUCCCUGUGGAAGUUCAUUGGAGACUGAUAACAUUAUCAAGUGUGAGGAUUCAGGAUGCCAUGUUUGGCAACAUAUUGGUUGUGUUAUAAUUCCAGAGAAGCCUGUGGAGGGAAAUCCGCCAAUUCCUGAUUUGUUUUAUUGUGAGAUUUGUCGACUAAGCCGAGCCGAUCCUUUUUGGCUUAGUAUUGCGCACCCUUUAAAUCCAGUGAAGUUGGCUGUUACAAAUGUCCCAACUGAUGGUACAAGUCAAAUGCAAAGCGUGGAGAAAACGUUCCAAAUCACCAGAGCAGAAAGUGACAUGCUAACAAAGCAAGAGCGUGACGUCCAGGCAUGGUGCAUGCUUCUGAAUGACAAAGUUCCAUUCAGGAUGCAGUGGCCUCAAUAUGCAGAUUUGCAGGUCAAUGGUGUACCUGUUCGUGCAAUUAAUAGACCUGGCUCACAAUUGCUCGGGGCUAAUGGCCGUGAUGAUGGUCCAAUUAUAACUCAAUUUACUAAAGAUGGAAUUAAUAAGAUAACUUUGACUGGAUGUGAUGCUCGCAUAUUCUGUUUUGGAGUUAGAAUUGUUAAACGGCGAACGCUUCAACAGAUACUCAACAUGAUUCCCAAGGAGACUGAUGGUGAAUGUUUUGAAGAUGCUCUUGCUCGGGUAUGUCGUUGUGUUGGUGGUGGAACUGCAACAGACAAUGGUGAUAGUGACAGUGAUCUAGAAGUUGUCGCAGAAUUUUUUAGUGUCAACCUGCGCUGCCCUAUGAGUGGUUCAAGAAUGAAGGUAGCUGGAAGGUUUAAAACCUGUGUUCACAUGGGUUGUUUUGAUCUUGAAGUUUUUGUGGAGCUGAACCAACGUUCUAGGAAGUGGCAGUGCCCAAUUUGUCUGAAGAAUUAUGCAUUGGAGGAUGUUAUAAUUGAUCCAUAUUUUAAUCGCAUCACAUCCAAGAUGAGAAAUUGUGGAGAAGAUAUUACGGAGAUUGAGGUCAAGCCUGAUGGUUCUUGGCGUGCAAAGGCUAAAAGUGAAAAUGAGCAUAGAGAACUUGGUGAUCUUGCACAAUGGCACUUUCCUGAUGGUACCCUAUGUGGAUCUGGUAGUGCAAAGGCUAACCCAAGAGCUGAAACAUCAAAGCAGAUCAAAAUGGAAGGUACUUCAGAAGGUUAUACAGGUUUGAAACUUGGAAUCAGGAAGAAUAGCAAUGGGUGCUGGGAGGUUAGCAAGCCUGAAGAUAUGAACACCUCUUCUGGUAGUAGAUUACCACAAGAAAGGUUUGAACAUCAUGAGCAAAAAAUUAUCCCAAUGAGCAGCAGUGCUACUGGAAGUGGUAAGGAUGGUGAGGAUCCCAGUGUAAAUCAGGAUGGUAUUGGAACUUAUGACUUUACAAGCAGUGGGGUAGAACUUGAAUCAAUACCUCUUAACAUAGAUUCUGCAUAUGAUUUUCCUGACCGAAAUCCGUCUGCACCAGCUGGAAAUGCAGAAGUUAUUGUUCUUUGUGAUUCAGAUGAAGAGAAUGAAAUAUUGAUACCUUCUGCAACUGCCUAUGAGGAUAAUCACAACGAUGCUGGUGGACUUAAUUUUCCAGUUGCUCCUACUGGAAUUUCUCUUCCAUAUUCUGAAGAUCCAUCUCUUGGGCCUGCUGGUCAUUUUGGUCUUUUUCCUCAUGAAUUUGACAUGCCUCUGUGGCCGUUACCUCCGGAAACCCAAGAAGGCCCUGGGUUUCAACUAUUUGGUACAGAUACAGAUGUCACAGAUGCCUUAGUUGAUCUGGGGCGUAAUUCUCUCAAUUGCCCUUCAUCAAUGAAUGGAUAUACAUUGGAUCCUGAGACAACAAUGGAAUCUGCAACUCUAGUCCCUGGUUCUUCCAUUGGUCAGACUGAUAUGGAUAUAAAUGAUGGCUUGGUUGACAAUACCUUGUUUGGUGGAGAAGAUCCCUCUCUCAAGAUAUUUCUUCCAACACGUCCUUCAGGUGUAUCAGUGCAGUCUGAUCUGAGAGAUCAAGCUGAUGUAUCGAAUGGCAUCCGUACUGAUGAUUGGAUUUCACUUAGGCUUGGAGGUGGUGCAAGUGGUGGUCAUGGGGACUCAGCAACUGUGAAUGGAUUGAAUUCAAGGCAGCAGAUGCCUUCCAGAGAUUGUACUGUGAAUUCUUUGGCCGACACUGCCUCUCUACUGCUUGGUAUGAAUGACAGUAGAUCUGAGAAGUCAAGUAGGCAAGCAUCAGAGAGCCCUUUCUUAUUUCCUCGGCAAAAACGUUCUGUGAGACCAAGAUUAUAUCUUUCUAUUGACUCAGACUCGGAGUAAUGGAACUUGUUUGCCUAAAGUUUCUUGCGCUCCUCCUGAAUUUUUCGGGAAUGCAAAGACAUCUCAUGCAGAAAUUUGGUGAUCACUCAUGAAGAAAGUUGACUGGCAUUUCAGUUAAACAAGACAUGGAAAAUUUCAGAAGAAAAGCCCAGCUGAAGGGAAAAAAAAUGGCUACAAGGGAGCUGUGCUACGGUACUGAGCUGGCGACUGCAGAAUCUUUUUGUUAAAUGGUGAGCUCGAGGCCCUUAUUGAUGCUUACCGUUGUCUGCUGCACAUUCAAUGAAGCUCGACUUCUAAUUCUAUGCGUUGUAACAGGGUUGUUACAAGCAGUUUCACCCACGGUCAACACAGAUCAGCAGGUCCUAUUAAAUUGUACAGUUAGUUGAUUUAGUCUGAAAAUUGGAGUGUUGAUCCAAUGGUUCAAAACCUUUGGUGCAAUCCUCAAGUACACAGAUCCACCAUUUUGCCUCUUGUUUUAAGAUGUUGAGUAAAUUCACUCAAAUUUCAGUUAUUUAUAGAGAAAUGGUAUUU